CAUGGUUCUGCUACGUGGCAAUGUUCCUGGUGCUUUGCCUCUGCAUUAGCAUUACGCUCAUCUUUAUUUUUUUCACAUUAAAGCAGACUGCCAACAAGCCAUGUAUAGCUAAGUUUGGACCAUUACGUUCAGAGUGGAAAAUAACGCCUUCUGUGCCCCUUUGUGUGGAAUUGGAGAUGAAUGGGUCAGAUGAUUGGAAGGUGAAAAUUCACCAGAGUGGCUUCUAUAUCAUUUAUAGCCUUGUGGUGCCUAAUACAACCUACAAGGGAACAGCUCCAUUUGAAGUGCAGCUACUUAAAAACAACUUCAUCAUACAAACACUCAAUGACAACUCUACUGCUCAAAAUGUGGGAGGAACUUAUGAAUUACGAGCUGGAGAUACAAUAGCCUUGAGAUUCAACCAUAAAUACCAGGUUAUAGAAAGUGAUACACACUGGGGGAUCAUAUGGCUAGCAAAUCCCCACUUCAUCUCCCAGUAACUUAAGUUGGUCUCCUCAUUCUCCUUAGCGCAUGCAGGGAUGCCAAAGGUCAGCGUUUCAAUGCCGGUUGUCUAUGUAAACGGAUUAACACAGGUAGACCCCCUCUGUAUGGUGACUCUUCAUCGUUCAUGGUUCACUGAAAAAGACUCAGAGGACAGACCAAAGACACGUGGUUACUCCUGACGCUGGCUCCACAAAGACAUCUGGCUAAUCUAUGAGGAAAUGAACACGAGAACAAGAGUGACUAGAGGAGAGGACCUCCUCCAAGAGUCUCUGUCCAGAAGUCAUAUUCUCACCGGAGACGUGCCUACUCUGUAAAACAAAGUUCUGCUUCUUAACCUUGCCUUCUUCUCAUGUUCCUGGGCUGCUUCACUACAUUUUCCUCAUACUUCAUCCUUGUGAAAGCAUCCUCAUAAACAGUAGUCAGACGGGUAGUGGGGUCACAGAUACGGCACCAACCCCCUUCUUUAGAUGUAGGAAUGCUAGCAGGUAGGGAACACUCCAUGGAGCUCUUGGGACUUGUGAGUACAGGUGGAAUGAAAUGGAAUAUCCUGGAUCUGGAUUUCCCUUCAUUUCAUCAUAUUCAGGAUUUAUAAAAUCAAUUAGGAUAAUGAAGUCAUUCUGAACCUUCACUAGGGCUUCAUGAGAACUUUGUGUGUCAUAACAUUGCCGAUGGUAUAUAAAGAGGGAUCAUUGGUAAUCAUUGGGACUAACCACAGAAAUUAGUGUUGUGCGAUGUAGUAAUUCUGUAGUUUCAGCUGUCUCUCCACAGUGUGAAAAAUGUUUUCAUAUAUCCAUGACAAUGUGAAGAAGUCAAUGGCUUAGGUAUUUGGGGUACAGGUUUACCAGUACGAAUAUGGAGAUAGAGCAUGCGUAACUACCUCAACUCAGAGCUGGUGAUUAACAGAGCCACAGCACUUUCCACUCUGUCACAGUGCUUUGGCUCUAGAGUUGGUCAUUCUGCUAUUAAAUUAUAUAUCUACAGAGUUUAGCAGAAUCACUUUUCAGGAGGCACAUUCUUCCUGUGCUCCAGGUGGACAGAGGAGGACCACAAGGAACUUUCUUUUCUCAGAGACUUCUGUUUCUUUCCCUUCCUGGAGAAGGAAGCUCUAGAACGCUGCUCAGGGCUCACUCAACCAAUCCCCUUCCCCGCUUCGAAAGGCCCAUCUCAAUGAAAUGUGUUAACUUUUAAACUUAGCGAAUAGCACUCAAUUCAAUGAAAGUCUGCUAACGUUUGGAGUGUUACAUUCGCUGCUUGU